AUGGCCGGCAACUCUUCGCCACCGGCCAAGCCGGAAAAACGAGCACGUCGUGACCUCGAGGCUGCGGCGAAGGCUGCCGCGGCACCACCUCAAGGCGGGCGAGGCACGAUCCGCGCUCUUUCGGUGCAAGAGCUCACCCGCGCCUUCUUGGCACACGAUGACGAAAUUCAGAGCAUUCUCCAUCAGCUCUCCGUCGUUCAUAAGCUCCCGGUAGAGGGACCGCUGGCCACGACGGCUCUCGACGCCAUUCAGGGAUGGCUGAAGGAUCAUAAGCCAGGCCAACCACACCCCUCCGGCUCUCCCACGGUUGCGGUUGCUGCUGCAGUGCUUCCAUUCUUGAAGGAUUCAACGAAGCCUGAGUCUGUCACCCAACCAGCCUGGGAAGACUUCAAGGCUGCUCUAGCUCUUAUCCUAGAUGAUCCGGACAAGAACAACGCGAUCAAUCACGAGCUUGCUCUGUUUUCGGCUCGGGCCAAUGCGAAAAAGAUGCACAGCACGUUGCUCGCUCAUGUCUCGACGUACAGCAAACUCAUUGAGGACUUCGAAGGCGAGGCACUGGGCAAACGCCCCCAGGGCACCCUGGCUCGCAAAGCCCGUGGACUCCCAACGACCAGCUGA